CAGGCUUGUAUCCGGUGUCCUUGCGUUCGGUCAUACACUACCCGGCUUCACCAUGUUCUCCUCCCGUGCUUUUCUCCUUCUCCGCCGGGCUGCAUUGGGCCAAAUCCGGACAUACGCAGAGGCUGCGCCCUCAGGGGCCCCGGGAAUGAGUUUCACCUUCGCAUCCCCGACUCAGGUCUUUUAUAAUGGUGCAAAUGUGAAGCAGGUUGAUGUCCCAACUUUGACAGGAGUUUUUGGAAUCCUCCCAGCCCAUGUUCCCACAUUGCAGGUGCUUAGGUCAGGCCUGGUCACAGUGUUCAGUGAGGAUGGAACUCCCAACAAGUUCAUUGUAAGCAGUGGUUCGGUAACAGUAAAUGCAGACUCCUCUGUGCAGUUACUAGCUGAAGAAGCAUUCCCGUUGGACAUGUUGGACCUGAGUAUUGCAAAGUCAAACCUGGAAAAGGCACAAGCAGAGCUCUUGAGCGCAAAGGAUGAAGUGGCCAAGGUGGAGGCUCAAAUCGCUGUGGAAGCUAGCGAAGCUAUUGUCAAGGCUUUAGAAUAAGAGCAGGGAUCUGAACAAAUCAUACUCCACUGUACACUUACACAAACAAUAAAAAAAAAAUAACACAAGAUACUGAUUGUUUUCUUUGAUAAUUGGGGGUGCACAAAAUCAUAGAAACCAGCUUGCCUGUUGUCCACAAAACUUGUGG